GUUGCUUUGGUUGUAUGCAUGUCCUGUGCAGACUGAUUUCAAACACGUCUGUUUUGCAUGGCGACAUUACUAGACAUUAACCAGAAAAUGCAUUUUGUGGGCUCUUGAGCUAAACGGUAGCUGCGUUAUUAUUUGCAGUAACCGCGCUGCACAUUAUAACAUAGCAGUUGAAUAUAAAAUCCACAAAAACAGCGCUGUGUGAAGUUACCUGUAUCGGCGUCAUUUAAAACAAAUGAAUUUAAAGGGUUUUGGUCCUAUUUAGCGCGUUUUAUUGUGGGAGGUGUGGUAUGACGGUAGUAACCUGCCCUGACAGGAGGAAGUGUCCCGCACCAAAUUUGGUCGUGUGUUCCUGUGCUCGCGCGUCUGCCGGUAAUGACGGCGCUGUUGGUGCGCGCGCGCUGGCGCUUUACCGCGCUCCGCGUGUUCCCGCAGAGCGCCAAGUGGCCAAGCAACACCGACCUGCUCCUGAGGCUGUCCAGCACCAAAGCCGCGCCGAUAUACCGGAGAAUGGACUAUCAGGAUGCCGUUUGCACGCUGAACACUCUGCAGACUAAUGCCAGUGCCCUGGAGCAGGUGCGCCGUGAGCGAGCUCUCCCUCAAACCCAGCUGCAGGCAAUGAGGAGCUUCCUACAGCGUUCAGGACUUGCGGUAGAAGACAUUGAUCAUCUCAAUAUCAUUCAUGUAACUGGAACAAAAGGAAAGGGUUCAACAUGUGCCUUUACAGAGAAGAUUCUGAGGAGCUACGGCUUCCGCACUGGAUUUUACAGUUCUCCACACCUAGUUCAGGUCAGAGAGAGGAUCAGGGUAAAUGGUUGUCCCAUUGGAAAAGACCUCUUCACCAAGUACUUCUGGCAAGUUUAUAGCAGACUGGAUGAAAGUAAGGAUGCGCAUGGUGGCAGUAUGCCAGCAUAUUUCCGCUUCCUGACCAUCCUUGCCUUCCAUGUGUUCCUGCAGGAGAAGGUGGACGUUGCAAUCAUUGAGGUUGGAAUAGGUGGUGCCUAUGACUGCACCAACAUAAUCAGGAGGCCGUGGGUUUGUGGCAUUUCUUCGCUGGGCAUAGACCACACCAGCAUUCUUGGGGACACAAUUGAAAAGAUUGCCUGGCAGAAGGGAGGAAUAUUUAAGCCUGGUGUUCCAGCAUUCAUUGUGAAACAGCCAAAGGGACCAAUGACCGUUCUUCAGGAAAGAGCAAAGGAGAUUGGGUGCUCGCUGUUUCUGUGCCCUGAGUUGUCCCAGUACCAGAGCUCUGAGGAGGUGAAAUUGGGGUUGGCAGGACUGCACCAGCGCUCCAACGCCUCACUCGCUUUACAGCUCACACAAUGCUGGCUCCAGAGGCGCUGCAGCACAGGUUUAGCUGUUACUCCUGCAUCUGGUUUUAGUGGUCUUCAUAUGGCUUCAGGUUUUGAGCCAAGUGCUCACAUGCUGAAAGGCCUUGCUGAAACUGAAUGGCUAGGGCGAAAUCAGACCCUGACACGUGGAUGUGUCACAUACUUCCUGGAUGGAGCUCACACUACACGCAGUAUGCAGGCGUGUGUGAACUGGUUUAGUGAGGUGGCUGCACAACAUGAGAAAAACACUAUGGGUUCAGUGGUGCGAGUGCUGCUGUUCAAUGCUACUGGAGAGCGGGAUUGUGGUGCUAUGCUCAAGCUGCUUGUGCAAUGUCAUUUCGAUUUUGCAGUUUUCUGUCCUAACAUCACUGAGGCCAUUGCUGACUGCAACGCAGACCAACAGAACUUCAACGUGUCUGUAGAGCACAUGCUCACACGCUGCCUGGACAAUCAGCAAAGCUGGCGUGUCCUCAAUGGUGUCGAAGAAGAGGGACCAGAGUCAGAGCUUCUAAUCGGGGGUGGUGUUCAUCUGCCUCUGAGAGUGGAGAAGCGUGGUGCCUCAUUGGUUUUCCCCUGCAUUUUGAGUGCGCUUCAGUGGAUUACACAGGGACACGAUCCACUUGUGGCUGAUUCCACCCAACACGUCAUGCCUGUCAAAGCUAGCAUCAGCGCUAAAGGAUUACCACUAAGAGAGGCUGCUAAUGUGCACGUGCUAAUCACUGGCAGCUUGCACUUGGUAGGAGGAGCCCUAAAACACCUAGUACCUGCCUUGUCAUCAUAAUACAAUGUUUUAUUUGUGUACAUGACAGGAAUACUGAAAAAAUGGUGCAGCUUUAUUUAAGAUUUAAACAUGUACUGAAUUUACCUGCUGAAUACUGAGCAGGAGACUAAAGCACUUAGCGUUUCACCUGUGCCUUCCUUAUGCUUACAGGGCCUAUUUAAAUACAGUUUAACUCAAGUCUUAUGACCGUACCGUAUCAUAUGUCUUAAAUUUAAGAAUGAUCUGAUGAAAGAAUGAUGAUUUUACUAUAGGCCAACAGUAAAACUGCAUACUUCAUGUGUGUCAGAUGUGCAGUGUAUGUGAAUAAUUAAUUAUUUUCAUAUACUGCUCUGUUUCCAUUUUUUUUUUAUGCACUACAAAUCUUGGUAUUCAGUAUUGAUAUACUGUUUGGUUUGUGGUUUGGUACAUGUCUGGAGAACCACCUUAAGCCAAAGCUACCCUCUCAUUCGAGUGUAAGCUGUGUAUUAUAUGUAUUGAUGUAGAAUUUGAGAAGUGAGCUACACCAGAAACUAGAGAACAGACUCGUGUACUAUGCUGCAGUUUCGUGUGUAUCUAUAAUGCCGCCAAAAUAAGACAGUCAAAAUGAUUAUAAAAUGUAAUCAUUAAACUCAAUUAAAAUUUCCAUGCAAAACCC